AUGCAAGAGCAGCAAUACCAACUUCACCACAUUCCAUUGAUGCAAUCAAGAACAUGUGGAGAGUCCAAGAGAGGAGAAGAUGAUUGGGCACUUGUAACCUUUGUUGGAGAACAAAAUCAAGACCCAAGAAAGUGUAAGAAGGCAAUGGAGAAGGUGAACAUCGAGCCAUGUGUGAAGAUGGACACCCAAACCCUUGAUCUUCUCAAGAUAAGAGAUGAUGUCACAUGGUACAUAAGGAAGCUAGGCUUGAGCAAGCUCUUCAAGCUAGAAUGUAGUGAGUACUCACAACUCACCAAGGAGUUCCUCUCUACAGUAGCUCUUGCCUUUCCCAACCACAAUGGAGACCAACCAGCUGGUGAAGGACUCCUACUCUUCAAGAUAGGCGAUGCCAAUGGGCGCAUCUCCAUCUCAGCUCUAUGCCAACUCUUUGGACUUCCCAAUGAGACAGCACAUGACUUCAAGGAGAACUCAAAGAGGAAACAAGCUGCCUUUGCUGAUUGGACACACUUUGCCAAUGAACCAUUCUUGCCUUCAAGGUCAAAGGUGUCUAGAAUCACUCAUCCAGCCAUUCGCUAUGUGCACCGCCUCAUCUCCACCACUUUCCAAUGCAAACAAGAAGCCAACAAGGUCACAACUGAUGAGUUCUACAUCCUCACCACACCAUUCAUCAAGCAUGAGUACAAGGCCAACCUUGGACUUUUACUUGCCAAGACAUUCAUCAAUGUGAGGAAGCUAGCUAAAGACUUGGAAGGCAACAAGAAGCUUUGUGUUCGUUUUGGGAGGCUUAUCACGGCCAUAGUACUGCAUGUGGGGAUUGACAUUCCCAACUAUGAGCCACUACCCAAGCCAACCCCUUUGGAUCUCCAUGCUCUUCAGCACAUCCACUUCCUAAACCGUUGGACUAAAGACCCAACUCGGUUUUGCUAUGAGUUUCCAAUUGGUCCAGCCAACACUUCCCUUGUCUUGCUGCCACAUGAGGACAUCCCAAGCCUACGCUCAGGAGUUGUCACUUUCCAGCCCAAUGAGGAAGAGUUCUAUGUUCCAUCAACUCUAGACCGUGUUAACAAGCUGGAGAAGAUAGUGGAAUGCCAAUCUCGCUUCAUCUCGCGCCUAGUCCGCGUAGUUCGCCACAUUGCACCGGAGAGACUCUUUCGCCCUUCUUCCACCGCUAGAGAGCCAUAUGAGCCUGACCUUGGUGAGUUCUCACUAGACUCAGAGCUUGGUUCAGAAGGCGAUGACCCCAUAGAUGAGGAAGAGAGUUCUUCUCACUGCCACACAUAG